CGAGAAGUUUCGCACAACAAAAGUGACGCCCUGAUUUUUUUCUUUCCGAAAGAGAGAGUGCUGGAAAUAACAACCGCAAAAUGUUAGGUAUUGGUGCAUUCUCCCUGAACAGCGGCUCCCAGUGAGGCUAAACUAGACGUACAAACUACAACGCGCACGUGCACUUCUUUACGCAAGAAGGAAACUAUGCAAUAUCAUUAUCAAGUCAGUACCACAACUACGAAUUACGAUAGCAGCUAUCUCUUCAGCCAAAUCUCUGCAAGCAAAGGACGAGAACGGACCAAAGAUGCGUCUGCUCGAACGGGCGCACCGUGGUUGUGGGGAGCUGCAACUCGGGAGGCAGACCCCGCGUCCCUAGCUCACGAAAAAUGUGAUCACCUCGGAACGCAGACUCGCCCUCCAGAUGGAGUUCUCUCGGCGCGACCUGAACAUAGGGCCCUUUCGCGUACGGGCAACUACACGCAAUACUGCAGGAAAUAAAGCAAAAGCGCACACAAAAAUUCUAUUCAGCCUCUUUUUCGCAGUCUUUUGCUCAUCCCCUCUUUUGAUUUUGUUCUCAACGCCCACUCUCGCCACAUGCCCUGCCGGCUUGACUACUCGCGCCGCCUCGUUGGUGAACAAUGCCCGUACUUUGUCUAUCUCCAGCUCUAUCUACCAUAACUGUCGAGCCAGCGGUGGAACCUUGGAUUUCCUCGUCGACCCUGCCGACGUCACUCUGGGGUCCUCCCCCGGUAUGACAUCUGGAACCGCGACCGCAGAGUACAACAAAGUUUGUCUGGGCUCGGGUGUGGCUUGCCCGGACGGCGUGCAGUUGGACGGGCAGUGCGUGCGCGCGCCGGACCGUGUGGCGGUCACAACCUUGGACUUUACCCUGGACAUCCACGGUGAUUACUACCCGAGCCUGAAGGACCAAAUCCAUUCCGCCAAGUAUGUCUCAGCAAGUCUUGUCGCUGGUCGAGGGAGGGCUUUUGAGUGAUUUGACAGUACUCAUAAAUCUCCCGCCGCACGUUGUGCUGCAAUUGCCUACCUGCAUUUUUGUUACGUGUUGAUAUUCUCGACCGCCCAUGCAAACGUGCACAUAAUGUGACUUCUGAGCGUUGUAUAACUCGACAUUGAUUCUGUGCCCCCCCAGCACCAGCGUGUCGCUUUUCCUUUCCACCCGAUCUUUGAGUGGGCGCACCGCCUGGCCACCGCACUUGGAAUACCCAUCUCCGAAAUUGAAAUUGCGACCCUGUUCACGCCCUUUCCGAACGCAAUUAAGCCGACUCUUUGGAAGUUUCGACGCCAGGGGUUGCCUGGCGAUUCAGCAAGACGGUCAUUGGAAAAUAAAAACGAUACAACUGGCGGUGUCCCGACUAAAGCUGAACAAAAGCCAACAGUUGUAGCCAAAAAAACGAACCUCCGAGGGCGUCGGAGGCGCACGGCGACGGAGGCGCCGACACGGCGCUUCGCGGUCGCCUUUCACGUCGAGACGACGCGCGCCAUUGUGGACACUUGCACGGACCUGUUAACUGCUGUGGAUUGGACCCUACUCGUGGGCGUUAUUGGGCAUCCAGUCACCUUACUCAGCGGCCCGGAGCUUCGCACGUGGUCGGCCAGCGCGGGGCUGACCUUUUCCGCCUACACCGCCUGGCUCCAGCUGAAGACCGAGAACACGGAGAACCCGCCCCUGCACACGGAAUGGGAGGUGGUCACGCUGAAGCAGCACACUUCCGCGCCCAUCACCGAAUACACGAACGAAUGGACACUGCUGAUCUGUAACCAGGCCCUGUACAACAUGCGGCUCACCAUGACGCUGACCUGCGAGCACAAGUACGACGAGCAGUCCACCGCCCCGAGCAACAGCGUGCUGACCACCGCCGUCCAGUUUCAGUUCAGCUACAAGACCCAGGUGGAGUUUGGCAUCGUCAGCUCCGUCACAAACCGGAUCAAGGAAACGCUGGCCGGGGCGAUCUUCGGCACGAAGAACGUGGCCCAGGACCGCAUGCUCACGCUCGUCGCGAACACGGGGCAGGCGAAAAGCAACGGACAGAGUUACUUCGAGGCGGGCGUGAUCGUGCAGGCCCUGGUGCAGGCGCCCGGGUGGCAGUCCUACAGUUCCGAAGUGGCAGCGCAGGCGGUGCAGUCGUACUGCUGCAACGUGGCGAACGGCUUGAAGCUCCGCCAGAGCUUCUUCUCGCACCUGCAGCAGGGCCUUGCAGCCACGGACAACAGCCAAUUCACCGCUUUCGAGUCGUACAUGGGGAACAAAGAAAGCAACUUCAUCGACUUCUACGUGUCCAUGGCGGAAACGUUGUAUCAAAAGCGGAUCCCGAACCUGAUCGGCGUUUGCGCGUCCACCGAUACGACGUGCACCACGGACGCGCCUCUUGAGGGCACGAGUUCUGGUGCGGGAAGUGGGACCAGUUCAGGCUCGGGAUCCGGCACGACCCAGCUCUCUCCCGGCGCGCAACUGUGCGCCAACCAGAAGACCUUCUGCGACUGCGCGGCGGCCAACUGCGCGUGGAACAGCGCCACGGGGUGCGUGGACAGCGGCGGCGUCCCGAUUUCGUGCGUGCAGUGCCCGACCAUGGCGAGCUGCCCCAACGCCGAGUGCGCCGGGUUCACCAAGCCGUGCACCUGCGCCACCGUGGACAAGUGCGCGUGGGACGUCAGCCGGCUAAGCUGUAUCGUGAACUCUGUGGGCGUCAGCUGCGACAACUGUCCGAGUCAGCCUAAGUGCAUGCCGCCGUUUGUGUUGUCCGUCACCCCGGCCAGCCAAGCGUCGGUCAAGUCGACGCAGGUCGACUUUUCCUUCCAGUUCUCUGAGCCGGUCUCGUUGACGAAUCUCGGACAAACCACGCAAUGGGCGACCAUGCAGUGCACCAACGCUGGCGCCUCCAAGAGCAUCGUGGCCGCGCACCGCAUCAACAGGGAGCGCGUGCACUUUGACCAGGUGAUUUUGCUCCCUGCCGUCACAGAGCCAAACGCGGAAACCCGCACCUGCUCGCUGUCCAUCGCAAAGGACACACUGCAGGACAGCCACGGCCUGCCCUUUCCGGGUGUGACGCACCAAAUCACGCUUCUGGACGCGGUGCCGCCCUACUUGAGCAUGCACGGUCCGAUUCACAGUGAAAACACGCAGCUAGAGUACAGCGAUCCGCGUUUGCUGCUGCUGUUUGCAGAGCACGUCAAGACCGCGCCCGAAGCGAUUCUCUCGCUGCCCCACUUCCGCCAGGCCACCCACCCGGACUUGCCGCACUACCAGAUCAAGCUUCCCGCCGGCGCCUUUACCGUCGAAGGCAGCAGCUCCGUGCGCGUAGACUUGACCUCUGUCCUCAGUUCUCUUUUGUGGGACACGCCCUACGCAAUGACAGUACCCGCGGCACUGAUCACGGACACGGCGGGCAACGAAUUCGGCGGUAUUCCGUGCGUAAAGCAGCUGUGCUACGGCGCGCCCCGGGUCUGGGAGUUCUCCCUGAAGCCACGCGCAAACGUUGAAAACGCGGACUCGGGGGACAGCGAAAGCCAACUCGACAUGGAUCAGGUUGAAUAAUUUCUUGUGUUUCGCGUCUUCAGCAUCAGCUUCACCAAAAGAUAUACUUAAGCAUUGAAGUUUCGACUGUGAUGUGUAGGGCCGUGCACCAGAGGUAAACGUACAAAGCUGGCUCCUAAACAAAAAGCGCCAACACCAACAGGUGAUUUUGAUCAGUGGCCUUUCCGGUGUGGGUCUGGUGUUUUUCCUGUGUCUGUACUUGAUUGUACGUUACUACCGGAGAUUCCUCGAGCGGAACGAGUACCAGCGCAACCCAACGAUCCACUUCUCCUCCAGCAAAUAUCUUUCGCAGGAACAGCGCAAAUCCAAUAUUUACGAUGACGCCGAGCAAGCGGCCGGGAAGAAGGACGGGGUAUGGAAAACGCUACCCACAAAAGUCGCCCCGGAGCCUGGGGACAACUACACACCGCACCAGGAGGAGCAAAAAGAGCAGAAGCUGAACUGGCGGGCGGCCGCGCGUGCGGCGCAAGCCUUUGAGCGGUCUUUCAUCAUCACGCGGGACCGCGUUCGGCGUCGAGCCAGUUCGCCGCAGCGAGCAGCAGAACCCGAGCAGCCGCGGUCGUCGCACCGGCGAGCCAGCGCCCCGUCCAUCGAUCCGUCGCAGGCACGGACCGAGUCCCCCGCCAGUCACCAGAACACACCGAACACAAACGCGCGACAGCAACGUUCCUCCAGCAACGCCGCCCCGCCCAGUUCGAACAGCGGUCCAAAAGUCGCGGGCACCACGCCCGGAACGAGUUCAUCCAAAACGGCCGGCUUCUUUCCCUCCGGAAACAGUCGGGCGCGCGCAACCUCCGGUCAGCAAGCCGGAUCCCAACCGGCCGCCGGCGGGCAGGGAGGCACGAGUGGUGCAGGAGCGCCGAACAAAGACGGCGCGACCUCGUCCUCGAAAGCAAAAGCUGGGGAUACCCCUAGCGCCGGUGGUGCGGCCGGGCCGUCGACGCAGCAAAAGCGGCGCAGCAGCACCAGCGACAUACCUCCGUCGGGCACGAACAAUCCCCCGCCGUCCGAGGAAAGCCGCCGCCGCCGCGCGUCGUCCGCGGAAAACAACGAUGCGAAACCGAAACAGCCCAGCAGCGGCGGGCGGGCGAGCACCAAGCCGGGCCCCCCGCCGGGCGGCAAGAAGAGCAGCGCGGAACAAGCACCGAAGCUACCACCGAGUCCAUCCAAAAAACUGCCACCCCACCCAGAUGAUCCCAAGACCGCGAAACACACGAAGGAGGUGGAAGCCGUGCUGAAGCAGCACGCGGGAAAAAGCAGCGAGGAGAAGAAAAAGGUGCUGCGCGACCUGCAACUCAAGUACCACCCGGACAAAUGUGAGGACCCCUUCGCCAAAACCGUGUUCCAGUUCGUGCAGGGCGCCAAGCCCUGGUUUCUGCAAGACUUGUAAACAGGCCGUAGCUGCAUUUUUAUUUUUGCAGCACAGGCACAGUUGGAGUUCGAUGCGGUCGACGAGAUUUCGGAUUUGGGUUCUUCGGUUUUUCGUUUGGUGACGAUCAACACUGCUGCGUUGCAUGCAAGCAGCUUACGCCCUGCAACCUGCUCUUCUGAGUUGUAAACGCCUGACAAAUAGUUCUUCUUUCAUCUUCACAACCUCCUGCGCAUCGGUGGUUAUUUAUCUAGCUGCUCCGGCGUCGAGCAUGCAAGUUCAGCAAAAU